AUGCCGAAAAAAUUCAAAGGAGAAAAUACCAGAGUUGUCAUUCGAUUAGUGACCGCUGCGAAAGAACGUAAAGCAGCCCACCAAAACGAAGUAAGCACCAAAAUUCAGGCGGAAAAAGAGCGCAAAGAAGCGGAAGAAUGGUCAAAGGGAGCCAAAGACUCUUCAAAAAAGGAAGCUGACCGACUAAAAAAAGAAGCACUGCUGGCGAAAAAACGAGAGGCUGCUACUCUUUUAGAAAAAGAAGAAAAAGAAGCUUCGAAGUAUAAACCAUUAUUGAAGCCUUCAAAAGUGUCAGGCGAAGAGAAAAAGGCGAUAAAGAGGACUCAAAAAGUCGAAGAAGCGACAACAGAACGACGUCUUAUCCCUGAAUAUUCCGCUUCUAAUAUUGACGAUGCUUUAGAUUUGCUUAACGUUGUUGCUACAGAGGAUACUGGGUCUGGCGGAGGAGUAAGCAGUCCACCAUUGACUGCUGCUGCUCUUGAUAGACAUCCUGAACGCAGGUUUAAGGCUGCCUUAGCUGCUUACGAAGAGAGAGAAAUGCCAAAGUUAAAAAAAGAACAUCCUGGAUUACGAUAUACACAAUUACGAGACAUUAUUUAUAAAGACUUUCAGAAAUCUCCCGAAAACCCUUUCAAUCAAGCAAAUACUCUUCGUUAUAAUGCUACCAAAAAGGAUCAAGAAGAAUUUAUAGAGACAACUAGAAAAGAGAUCGAGGAUCGGCUCAGAGUGUGA